CGUAUCAAAUAUGGCGCGCUCCAUGUUGGCUGCUUAUACAAAUAUAAGACCUUUAGGGGAAUUGCUUUGCAAUGGGUGGCCGAGGAUCAUUGCAAAUGACUUGAGAUGUUUAUCCACAACUCCCUGCUGUUGUAUAGCUGAAAAGCCUAAAAGGCCAGAUAACGUAUAUUUUCAAUACCGUCUCAAAGUUAAAGAUGAAGUGGACAGGUUAUAUCCAGAGAAGAGUGUUUCUGAAAAAGCAAAAAUCUAUGGAGACAUGUACAGAAAACUACCUGAUGCUGAAAAGCAGACUCUAGCUGCUAAUUAUGCCCUGUUGGUGUCCAAGUAUCAGGAGCAGAUAAAGGCGUGGAAGAACUCCCUAUCCAAGGAGGAGAUAACAAUACUAGAGAAACAAAACCAGGAGAAAGCCAAGCAGAAGAAAAAGCGCAAGAUAAAGAAGCUGCUGAAGGAGAAUGAGAAACCUAAGAGGCCAGCGGCACCUUUCUUCAUCUUCUACAAAGAACACUUACCUCAGAAAGGGGAGGGAAUUGAUGGUUACAGACAGGCAGUUGCUGAUGCUUCAGAACAGUGGAAGGGCAUGUCCGAAUCUCAGAAAAAGGUUUAUUAUGACCAGGCAGCUAAGCUGUUUGAGGACUACCAGCAUCAAAUGCAUGUCUGGGAGACCCAAAUGCUGAAAGAGGGAAAACACGAGCUUGUCCGUGCAAAAACACUUGAAAAGUUCAAUCAGGAGAAGAAGAAAAUGCAUGAAGUUGUGACAAAACAAACUGAAUCACAGAAAAUGGACCCAGCAUCAAAAUCUAAAAAAUGAUUCUUUUUAAUGAGGGAACUUCAAAAAGUUGUUAAAAAUGAUAUAACAUGUUUAAUUGAGCCACUUUUCUUCAUACAUUGAAUUGUGCGUAUUGGUCAGGCCUUUAUCUAUAAAACAUGAAACUUUUGCAGAAACUAAUUGAGUAAUUCAACAGUUAUUUUGUUUUCAAAUGAUAUAUCUCCAACACUAGCCAAUGUUUUUACUGUGUAUUGAAAUAAGAACUUCAGUAAUUGAGUUAAGAAAUCAAAUUUCAAUUUCAACUUAAUCAAAACACAGCUCUUUGAAAAUAUUAAUAGAGCUUGAUCAAUGCCAACAAUGAUUUAAAAAAUUAAAUAUUUAAAGCUGGUCAAUUAAGUUUAAAAGAUGGCAUCCAUGGUGGACGUCAAACAUAGCAUUAACUGUAAAGUAUGUUGUUGCUGUCAGUGAAUGAUUAGGGUAUUGCUUAUGAGGCAAGGAUUUCUUAAUGUAUGUGCAUCACCAUCACCAUUGUUCUAAAAGAAAAGAAAAUAUUGUUAUGACUAAAAAUUGGGACUUCGAAAAGGGCAUUUUACUGUUAUACGGCAUUUUCCAAGCCAAUACAAAUGAGUGGAGGUGUUAUUUCUUGACAGAAUAAUGAAUGAAGUUGUGCUCCAACUUUGAUUAUGGUCACUAGAAUUAUUUUGUUAAAAAUGUGCUUUUGGAAUGGAGACUUAAUACUUCAUAUGGCUUUUGAAGAAAUAUAUUAUUGCUUAAAACAUAUACUGCCGGCAGAUAUCUCUGCAUGUUUUAGACAAUGAUUAGUAGGAAUACAAAAAUGCCUAUGUGUAGAGGGGGCAUAUAAAGGAACCAAUUUCAUGUAUCCUAUGCUGGUGUGCAUGAUAUUAGCCAUGUUAUAGAACUUUUUGGAAGUAAUCUCAAAUAGGGAUAAUGAUGGUUUUCUCUUGCCAUUUGCAUUGAUCCUAUGUGGUUCAUGAUGGUUCACAAGAGUUGCUUAAUGAUAUAGACUUUGUCAAAUGUAUUGAAAAGGGUUGUUUCCUGGAUGGGAUGUCCUCAACAUGUUAGUACAGUAUUAAAGUGUUGUGUAUUCAU